AUGGGAGGAGAAGAAGAAGAAGCAAUAGCAAGAUCAUUACUUUUGAGAGAAAAGCUCUGUGAGAUUGAUAAAUGCAAUGCGGAAACAAGUGAGAAUUCUUCGCCUCUCACUUUUAUGCUUCUCUUCGGCACGUUCAUCAUUGUUUCUGGUGCUUACAUUAAUGGAAAUGCUGGGAGUGGGACAUCACCUGCUGAAUUUGUAAUUUUGAAUGAGUUGGGACUUUCCUUGGCAGCAUAUUCAUUUUUUGGUUCAGUAUUAACAAUUGGGGGAAUAGUAGGUGCAGCAUCAUGUGGGAAGAUAGCAGACCUUGUUGGCCGCAGAGGUGCAAUUUGGGUUUCAAAUGCAUUGUGCAUUGGAGGGUGGGUUGCAAUAGCAUUGUCAAAGAGUGCCUGGUCACUUGACCUUGGAAGAUUGUUAAUGGGAAUCGGAAUUGGAAUUCUUGCUUAUGUGCUACCGGCUUAUAUUGCAGAAAUUACACCCAAGAAUUUCAUGGGAGCAUUUGUCUCACUUAUUAUGCUAAUGACAGGCUGUGGCAUAUCAGUUACCUAUAUCAUUGGUUCUGUUUGUGACUGGCGCAUCUUGGCUCUACUUGGUACUAUUCCAUGUCGAAUUCAACUUCUUGGUGCCUUCUUCAUUUCAGAGUCUCCUAGAUGGCUGGCAAAAGUUGGUCGAGAAAAAGAGUUGGAAGUUGCUUUCAAGCUGCUCAGGGGAAAGAAUGCUGAUGUUUCUCAUGAAGCAGCUGAAAUCACUGAUUAUACUCAGAACUUUAAUCAGACAUCAGAAGAUGGCAUUAAAGAGUUGUUUCAAAGGAAAUAUGCUCUUGCAAUUAUUGUUGGAGUUGGGCUGAUGGCAGUUCUACAAUUUGGAGGGCUCAAUGGCUAUUCUUACUAUUUAAGCUCUAUUUUAGAAUCAGCUGGUUUCCCUAGUAGUGUGGGGUCUGUAGCAGCAAGUAUUGUUCAGAUAGUGAUGAAUAUUUGCAGCUUGUUCUUAAUUGAUAAAUUUGGAAGAAGACCACUUCUACUGGUUUCUACAAGUGGAUGCUGCUUAGGUUCACUUGUAACAGGAUUGUCCUUUCUAUUGCAGGGCUAUCACCUAGGGAAAGAAAUCACUCCCAUUCUGGCACUUGCAGGAAUAUUGGUAUUUAUAGGUUCUGUGUCAAUAGGCCUGGGAGGAAUACCAUGGAUUAUGGUGGCAGAGAUAUUUCCUGUAAACGUAAAAGGUUCAGCAGGAAGUUUAGUAAAUUUGUUCAGCUGGUCUGGGACUUGGAUUGUUGCAUAUACUUUCAAUUAUUUGUUUGAGUGGAGCUCAGCAGGUAACUGCCUCUCCUCUGCCUGUCUUGAAGUUCUGUAA